GUGUUUUUAAGGAAGGUGUAGGUGAUUUCGUUUAUUACAAGGCUCACUAUGUACGACUUACUUCGCCGACAGAACCCCUUCAAUUAACUCCUUCACACAUCAUCUCUCUAUAUCUUCAUCAUCUCUGAGCCAUUCUGUACUUCAUUCAUCAUCUGCAUAUCUUUCUGAGCCCUCUUGUAUUCGUACUUUGUUUUCUCUCUCUCUCUCUCUUCAAAAUGGUGCAAUCAAAGAAGUUUAGAGGUGUCAGGCAGCGUCACUGGGGUUCCUGGGUUUCUGAGAUUCGCCACCCACUAUUGAAAAGAAGGGUGUGGCUGGGCACAUUCGAAACAGCCGAAGAAGCUGCUAGAGCUUACGAUCAAGCUGCAAUCUUAAUGAGUGGACGAAAUGCGAAAACGAAUUUCCCAAUAACACAAACUCCAACCGGAGACCCUAAACCUAGUCAAAGUUCGACCUCGGCACCUCCAAAUGAUUUAUCAGAACUUCUGCACGCCAAGCUUCGGAAAUGUAGCAAGGCACCAUCACCUUCUAUGACUUGUUUGAGGCUUGACACAGAGAACUCUCACAUUGGAGUAUGGCAAAAGAGGGCAGGUCAACGCUCUGACUCGAAUUGGGUCAUGACUGUCCAGCUUGGGAAGAAUAAUGCAGAUGAUGUUUCAGGAAACGUAUUGCCUUUGGGCGCUCAGUCCGAAGAGAUAACAGGGCCCGAACUCAAGGCAGAGAUGGAUGAAGAGGAAAGAAUCGCACUGCAAAUGAUAGAGGAGCUUCUUAAUCGGAAUUGUCCUAGCCCUUCAUUUGGGGUGGAGGACGGUGGAAUUUAUAUCUAGUACUUUCAUGGUGUGAUGAGAAAAUAAAGUACUGUAUAGGGCUGCAUGUGACUUUCUAUAUUUUAAUACGUUUGUAUUUAGUAUUUAAGUAUACGGUAUGUAUACAGUGAGCGAAAGAAAAUGAUUUGGGGGUAUAUGUGUUGGGAUAAAUAUUAUAUAUAGAAAUAAGAAUAUCAGUACGCAAGUAUGUAACAUAGGGUUAGAUAACAUAAUAUUGGCGGUGUGACACAAAAAUAAUGGAAAUUGUGAAUAACUGUUUCUAUGCAUAAAUAAA